GCAUAGAAUUUGAAAAAAAAGUCGUUAAUCUGCUAAAGAAUGUAGACGACCACAACAAUACAAGCUUUUCUGAAAUAUUAAAAACUUUACAAAAUGCUCAAAUAGGAAGAUUCCUAUACAAGCUAAAAUUCGAAGUUCCAGAUGACUUAUAUGAUAAAUUAGGAAUCAAGAAUGUUAGGCUAAGACCUUUUAUUCCUGACUUUAUAGAAGUUAUCGAGGAGGGUGGUAAAAAAUGUCUAAUGAUAUGGGAUGCCAAAGCAACAAAGGAAACACGCAUUUCUCAUCAGUGUGGAAUUUCAAUUUCUCGAAAAGGUGGAAUAUUUUUACCAUCAGAAGAUGGCUUAAAACGUCAAACUUUCUCUAUAGAUCUUCCAAAAGUUGAACGAUUCUUAUGCAAAGAACUUCCACAGAUAGUAUCAACUCCAGAAGUUUCAUGGCAUUAUAAUUCUCGUUGUAAAGCUUGUGAAUUUGUAAAUGAAUGUCGUGAAGAAGCAAAAGGGACAAUUGCCAUGAUCCCAUAUUUAUCCAAAGGAGAUGCGUUAUACCUAAAACAAGUUAUUCGAAAUGAAAGACGUGGUGAUAAGCCAUAUAAUCAUGAGCCAGAUUUUGAAGAAUUGGUUAGUUACGUAAAAAAUGGCCCAAAUGAUGACAAAACAAUACAGAUUAUUAAAUUUGACAAGAAUAGCAAGAAAUCACCGUAUCUUGAAUCUAAAACAAAUGCUCAGUAUAAAGCAAUGCAACGUAUCUUAAAUAUUUUUCAAUACCGCUCUUUCUUGUCAGCUUUUGGGAACAACGUUGAUAAAAGUUCAAAACUUCCUGAUGAAUUAAGGGAAUUUCCUAGACUAAUCGUUCUGGAACAAUCUUUGAAAGAAAAUAUUGCAAUAUAUACUCCAGGAUUUUAUCGAAUCAUUGAUGUUUGGGAACAAAUGGUGAGACCAACGUUAAAAAACAAUCAAAUAUUAGGCGACUUGGAAUUUUAUAUACCCAAGAUCGAUCUUGAAGACAUAUACACAACAUGGGUUUCUACAACUGCAGACAAAGAAGUGAUUAAUAAAACCCUUUUAAUGAGAUCCAAAUUUGUUAAUUCUGUUAUUCAUGCUUAUUAUGCUCUUCUUAAAAAAGUUGAUAAAUGA